AUGUCACGCCCUGUGAAGAUGUCAGGAACCGCUUUUCCCGAUGACAUCAAGAUCCCUCAGAACCAAUGGCCAACUACACGCCCUUUGAAGAAUCCAGGAUCCACUCUGCUCGAAGACACUCCCUUUGAAGACGUCAAGAACCACUACGCCCGAAGACAUCCACUACGUCAGGAACCACUGCCCGAAGACAACCUUUGUGAAGACGUCAGGAACCACUCUGACGGAAGGCACCCCUUGGGCAGACGUCAGGAACCAUUCUGCCUGAAGACGCCCCCUGUGAAGACGUCAAGAACGACUCUGUCCGAAGAUACCCACUGUGAAGACGAACCCGAAAACACCCCCUGUGAAGACGUCGUACCACUCUGUGUCAAGGCACCCCCUGCGAAGUCGUCUGGAACCACUCUGCCGGAAGACACCCCCUGUGAAGACGUUAGGAACCCGAAGAUGUCAGGAACCACUCUGCCUGAAGACAUCCUACACCCUGUGAAAACGUCAGGAGCCACUCUGCCGGAAGACACCCUCUGUGAAGAAGUUAGGAACCCGAAGACGUCAGGAACCACUCUGCCUGAAAACACUCCCUACAUCAACUGUGAAGACGCCAGGAUCCUAAAGACACCUUAUGUGAAGAUAUCAAGAAACACUCUGCCUGAAGACACCCUCUGUGAAGACGUCAGGAACCACAGCCCGAAUACACCGCCUGUGAAGACGUCAGGAUCCAAUCUGCCAGAAGACACCGCCUGUGAAGACAGUCAGAAAAAUUUUGCCCGAAGACAUCCACUGUGCCACUUGCCUUAA